AUGGAAGGUGGGAGAGAGAUGGGGUUAGAUGAUUCCUUCAAGAGGCCGGGAUCCAUUCCGUUCAAGUGGGAGAUCCAACCAGGUGUUCCCAAGCACGGGGAUGACACGAUGAUCACUGCAUCGCCCAACGUAGUAACCCGAAAGCUAAGCCCUCCUCCAUCCAUGCACGCCGCCGGCACCUCCCCUUCCCCCUCGCCAUCCAGCUAUCAGGCCUUCUCCUCCCUUGGCUGCUUCCCUGCUUCUUCCAUCAGGUACAGGAACUACAAGAAGACCGCCAAGCUCUUUUCCCUGAUGCGCCGUCGCUCCAUGUCCGAUCAGUACUCCAUGCCUUCUUUCGCGUCGAUUCGGGAAGACGACGACGCCUCCGACGCCGGCAGCAGUUCGCUGGCCCUCUCAGACGCAAGCAGUGUUUGA